AUUUCCUUUUGUUAUAGCUCUGAUAGCAGCUACACGUGUAUUGCACAAGUAAAGAAUCGAAAUGGAAAAUAUUAACCAGACGGAGCCUAGAAGUGACUUUAUUGCAAAUCCUAAACGAAAAGCAGCUAAACGUAAAGUUAGCCAAGCUGAGAAUUUGAAUAAAAACGAGACUUCGUCGAUGGAAGUAUCCGAAGAAACGACUGUGACUCUGCCUGCGUUUCCACCAGUCAAGCGAGAAAAGUUAGACAAAGCAGCUGAGAUGCGUAAAAUAGCUGUGCCUGCUCACAGAUAUUCUCCUUUAAAAGAGAAUUGGAUGAAGCUUUUCACUCCAAUUGUUGAGCAUCUCCACCUUCAAAUCAGAUUCAAUUUGAAGAAUCGGCAAGUUGAAAUCAGGACUUGUAAAGAUACAAAAGAUAUAGCAAACAUUCAGAAGGCUGCUGAUUUUGUAAAAGCCUUUAUUUGUGGAUUUGAAGUGGAAGAUGCAUUGGCCUUGAUUCGUUUGGAUGACCUUUUUGUAGAUUCAUUUGAGAUUAAAGAUGUAAAAUCAUCUCUUAAAGGUGAUCAUUUAAACAGAGCUAUUGGAAGAUUAGCAGGAAAGGGUGGACGGACUAAAUUCACCAUUGAAAAUGUAACAAAAACAAGGAUUGUUUUGGCUGAUCAAAAAAUUAACAUUUUAGGUUCAUAUCAAAACAUUCAAAUUGCUAAAAGAGCCAUUUGCAAUUUGAUUUUGGGUUCUCCCCCUUCUAAGGUUUAUGGUAAUUUGAGAGCAGUUGCUAGUAGAUCAUCUGAUCGUUUUUAGGUGACUUAUAACCUACUGUACAGAUUCCUAAUGGCAUUUUCCAAUACAUUUGGAAGGAUUCAUGAUUA